AUGAAGUGUGUUGUAUUCAUUGUGUUACUUACAGCAGUGUUGGCAAAGGACACUGGAGAUUCGUAUGACCAAGUGUUCGAACGAUUGAAGGAAAACAAUUACAAAAUCAAUUAUAAUGAGAAAAGUAGCUUGCUCGUUCUUUUUUACGAAAAAGAUGGGCAAGUUAGAAACUUACCCAUACAGAAUACAACAAAUACAACAGAGUACACUGAACCAUUUGACGGCGCCUCAUUCCUCAUUCCAACCGACGAGGUGUCUGAGGUGAAAAUCACCAAUUUCUACACUAUUGCAAAAUCAAAAACGGAUGUGUACUGCAGAAUUUAUGUCAAUUACAUUUAUUCACCCCCAUUGUUAGUGUUCGCUAAUGGGACAAUUCCAAAGUUGAUUUCUGCAAAGGUCAAGUUGAACGACUCCCGUAUGGAGGCGAUUACUUGGGACACAUUUUGUAAUGAUUGUGCCUCAUCCGAGUGUCUCAAUAACACGUUCUGUAGUUUUAAAGCGGAUAACUACAAAGGCUCAACCUGUGAAAAAGCUUUAGAAACCGACAAAGAGGCGUGUGGGUUGUCAUUGUUUGUUGGAUGGGAAGGAUAUGCAGGAAGCCGUUACCAAAAGACGUAUCGAAACCUUCCUUCCCAGUUUUCUAAAUUCUCCAUAAAGGGACAGAUCUCAGACACUAUUUCAGGUUUCGAAUCAAAUUGGUUGAAAUUCUAA